AUGGGGCAGAAGACAGUUGUAUGGAGAUGCGACAGUGACUACGUUGCCGGUGCCGAAUACCUGGACGACGGGUGGGACCUGGGUGGGAAAACUCGGGAACGUCUUUCUGCGGCAGAAAAAGCCCAUGUAAACAACUUCGUGCAUUCUUUAGCCAAGGAAGACCGGAGGGAGCAGGUAAAUUUCAUGAAGCAGUUGGAGGUAGGGGACAGUCUGGAUAGGGACCGAGAAGACCAAGAUAUUGCGUGUUUCAUAGAGAUUCAUUCAGUGCUUGACAAGACGAGCCUCCCACGCCCUCCCCAGGAUCACACUAGCUGGACGCAACAACAGCCAUCCCAAAACCCGACAAUGCAGCCACGACAGAAUCCGCCAAAACGCCACCAAAAUGAAACGAUGUAUGUCUUCCAUACCUUGAACUUACAACAUCUCAAUCGACAUCACCAACCCCUACUAGUUCCCCCUCACGCUAUUCCAAAAGCACGGAUUGCUCAGAUCCUCUCCAGCCCGACAGCCCAAAAUAUCCAAGUUGAAACAGAAACCCUGCUCCUGAUUUUUCUGCGUAAUAUUCGCCUUGACCGGCCCCGUGCAGUCGUCAUUCUCAAACGCCCAGAAGCUGCUGAUUUCAAACCCCCCGGCGCCCCAGCUGCCACCGACUCGGCCGGUCGCCGGUUGGAAAGUCACGCAUUCGCCCGCUUGGAUAAAGGGCCGGGGAUCGUCGCUGGUGUCGCCGUCUGGGUCCUGGCAGAUGACGUCGUCGAGGUCGAAGGAGUCAAGCCAGGGUCUGGAUGA